CAGAAGCGCACCAACUCCCCAACCACCGGAGACCGCACCCCAGCAAAGGAUGGCAUCUGACUCCACGGCCGCCGUGACGGUGGACGGCAGCGCGCUUGCGGGGCGCGCGCUGGCCGCGGCGGGCACGCGGCACAUGUUCGGGGUGGUGGGCAUCCCCGUCACCUCCCUCGCGUCCCGUGCCGCCGCGGCCGGGGUCCGCUUCCUCGCCUUCCGCAACGAGCAGUCCGCGGGGUACGCCGCCGCCGCCUACGGCUUCCUCACGGGCUCCCCGGGCGCCCUACUCACCGUCUCCGGCCCAGGAUGCGUCCACGGGCUCGCGGGCCUCUCCCACGCCACCGCCAACGCCUGGCCGCUCCUCAUGAUCUCCGGAUCCUGCGACCAGGCUGACGCCGGCAGGGGCGACUUCCAGGAGCUCGACCAGAUCGCCGCCACUAAGCCCUUCGUCAAGCUCGCCGUCAAGGCAACAACCAUCGCCGACAUCCCGCGCCUCGUCUUCCAGGCCCUCGCCGCCGCCGUGUCCGGCCGUCCCGGAGGGUGCUACCUCGAUAUCCCGUCCGAUGUCCUCCACCAAACCCUCCCUGAAUCCGAGGCCGCGGCUCUCAUAGCAGCAGCAGCCGCCAAUUCGGCCGCAUCCGAUCCUUCCCCGUCAAAGCACAAGACUCUUGACGAGGGAAUCGCGAAAGCUGCGGACCUGCUCCGGUGUGCGGAGCGGCCUCUUGUUGUGAUUGGGAAGGGUGCGGCGUAUGCGCGCGCGGAGGAGGCGAUUCGGAAGCUGGUGGACACCACGGGCAUCCCCUUCCUCCCGACGCCGAUGGGGAAAGGGGUCGUGCCUGACUCGCAUCCACUCUCCGCCACGGCGGCACGCUCACUCGCCAUCGGGCAGUGUGAUGUGGCUCUGGUCAUCGGUGCUAGGCUUAAUUGGUUGCUUCACUUUGGCGAGCCACCCAAGUGGUCCAAGGAUGUUAAGUUCAUUCUUGUUGACGUCUCCGAGGAGGAGAUUGAGCUCCGGAAGCCACAUGUGGGGAUUGUUGGGGACGCGAAGAGAGUAACUGAGCUGAUCAACCGGGAGAUCAAGGACAAUCCAUUCUGCCUGGCAAGGUCGCACCCAUGGGUCGAAGCGAUCACUAAGAAGGCCAAUGACAAUGUUCUUAAGAUGGAGGCGCAGCUAGUGAAGGAUGUUGUGCCAUUCAAUUUCAUGACACCAUUGCGGAUCAUCCGGGAUGCGAUCCUUGCCGAGGGGAGUCCUGCUCCAAUAGUGGUCUCAGAAGGGGCAAAUACCAUGGAUGUUGGCAGGGCUGUGCUUGUGCAGAAUGAACCAAGGACAAGACUGGAUGCAGGGACAUGGGGGACGAUGGGGGUUGGAUUGGGGUACUGUAUUGCGGCUGCAGCAGCUGAACCUGAACGACUCGUGGUUGCUGUGGAGGGCGAUUCUGGAUUUGGCUUCAGUGCAAUGGAGGUUGAGACGUUGGUGAGGUACCAGCUGCCUGUUGUUGUAAUCGUUUUCAACAACAACGGUGUCUACGGCGGGGACCGGAGAAGCCCUGACGAGAUAACCGGACCCUACAAAGGUGACCCAGCCCCAACCUCAUUUGUUCCGGCAGCAGGGUACCAUAAGAUGAUGGAGGCUUUUGGAGGGAAAGGGUAUCUUGUGGAGACACCAGACGAGCUCAAAUCUGCCCUUUCAGAAUCGUUCCGCGCCAGGAAACCGGCGGUGAUUAAUGUUAUCAUUGAUCCUUACGCCGGCGCAGAGAGCGGUCGAAUGCAGCACAAGAACUGAAGGCGCUUGCUUGGCUUUUGUACCAUACCAUAGCAGGAUGCAGAUGCGACUUGAUACAAAUAAGCAGCAACCGUCAAUCAAUCCUUUUGUUUCUUUUUUACGACCUCGCUUCGUUGUUCGUGAUACAGACGUGGGGCGCUUUUAAUUGGAAGUCCCAUUUGAAGGCAUGUGAAUGUGUUAUGAUUAUCUAAAUGCCACGAUGCAAACUUUAAAGGC